AUGUUAGGCAUUGUGGCCGCGCUGCUGCUGACCUGCCCACUGACAAGAUUGCCGAGAUGGCUUGCUUCUAUAGCUUCGGAUGGUGACGUAGAUGUCCCACGUAGUCUACCAGCGUGCCAGGGCAUCCGGCAGUCGAACGCGGGACUGUCCACCGUGAAGUUGCAGAAAGGGGAAUCCCAGUACUCGCUGAGCCGACAAUUUCGCGUCGGCCACAGCACUGUGAACGGAAUCAUCCACAGCACGUGUGCCGCCAUUUACGAUGUACUGAAGGGUGACAUGCUGGUUGCACCAAACUGUGAGCAGGCCUGGUUGGACUUGGCUCAGCACUUCAACAAUCGGUGGCAGUUUCCAAACUGCGUGGGCGGCAUUGAUGGAAAACACGUCGUCAUUGUAAGACCUGCGAAGUCAGGAACACUGUACUACAACUACAAAAAAACGUACAGUGUUAUCCUUUUUGCACUUGUCGACGCCGACUGCAAGUUUGCGUAUAUUGAUGUCGGGACGCCCGGCUCCAAGGGAGAUGGUGCGAUCUGGCAGACCACCCCCCUGCAGAAAGCAAUCACGGAAAAGAGAUCGGGGCUACCUGACAUGAUUAGCAUGAACGCCUCAUCUACCCUCCAGCUUCCCCCUGUGAUCGUGGGUGAUGACGCAUUCCCACUAUCCCCGAACCUCAUGAAGCCAUUUGGUGGGAGCGACCUUUCAGGGGCACAAAAAAUUUUCAAUUAUCGGUGA